AUGCGCCCGCGCGCUCCCGCUCGCUCCCAGCGGCGCGCCCACGCCAGCGGGUCGUGGCCCAGGUCUGCGCGGACGUUUGCAGCUGGGCUUCUCGCUGCCGGCGCAGUGGCGUUGAUCGCGCCGAUCAUCGGCGCGCGUCCGGGGUCAUGCCGCGUCGUUCCCGCGGUGGCAUUUGUGACGCCGGCUUCCGUCCGCUCAUGGAGACCACGAUCUCUGGGCAUGCGGUGGGGCACGCGGUGCGCUGGUAGUGCUGCGGGCGACGUGCAGAGUGUCGAGGCGGCGGCCACGGGUGCCGAGGGCUUCUGGGACUCUCCGUAUGGCAAGUACCAGAAGACGGUGAGCAUUUUGACUGGCUCGGCCACCGUGGACAGCGCCGCGCUGCAAUUGGGGAAGCCAUUUCGGGGACGGCGCCGAAGGUGA